UCUUAAAUUCGGCCAUGUCGAUUAUACUUGUUCGAUCGAAAAAAUAAAUCUUGCACUGAAAGCACUUUGCAGAUGUUAACUUUGGAACGUGGGUAUGUUUUCAAAAUAUUAGGAGGGAGAGUAGAAGGAGACGAAAAUAAUUAGUUGAUUUGUUGGAAGCGACUUAAUCAUGUUUUGCAGAAAGUUUUCAGGGAUCCUGAGUCAGCAGCUGUACUCCUCGGUUUUACGAUGUAACAGACAGUUCGCCGAGAAACUUGAAACAUCGAACAUCGAGAAAACAAUAAAUGAAGUCAAACUCCUAGGUCGUGUUGGAGCUGAGCCACAAAGGAGGGGUACUGAAGAACAUCCAGUUGUCAUAUUUUCACUUGCUACACACACUAACUACAAAUAUGAAUCGGGUGAGUUUGUGCAACGAACUGAUUGGCACAGAAUCUGUGUUUUCAAGCCCUCAUUGAGAGAAGUGGUCUACAACUACCUCAAAAAGGGACAAAGGGUGUACAUCACUGGCCGAUUAACGUAUGGAGAAGUGAAAGAUGGAGAGGGAAACACAAGGACAACCACAGCUGUUGUGGCUGAUGAUGUUAUUUUCUUUCAGUCGUCAGAGCCAUCAUAAUUUAGUGUGAAACAAUAAACUUAAAUCAGUCCACCUGGUGAGAAUGAAACACAAGUGUUCAGUGUUGUAUUUGAUUUGGAGUUGAGCAAAUGCAGUCCCUACAAGAGAACUAAGUGCAUGGGAUGCAUUAUUGUUGGUGGCCCUGACUGCUGUAAUUAAGCUAAUGGGUGUCAUUCUGUGAUAAAUUCCCUUCCUGUGACUUGCCCUCAGCAUUUUAGUGACAGAUAUUGCAGUUGAGAAACUAUAUCCCUUACUGUUAAGACUGAGAACAAUGAUAUAUUUCUUGCAAAAGGAUGCCAGAUCAUUAGUGGAUGGCCUCUGUUUUCACAUCUCUCAUGUCAAUAAAAUGAGAGUAAGAAACAGAACCAGUGCCUUACUACUCACUUCAGAUACUAACAUAAUGUAUUGUGGCAAAUGUAGUGGCCAUUUGAUGCAGGAAAUAAAUCUUCUGAAGAUCUGAGACAAAAGACAUAGUUGAUGAUUGAAAUCACUGUACUGUUUCAAUAUAUCCCUAUCCCUCACCACCAGUUUGCAUUUGUCAGUUGCCGAGUAUGAAGAUCUUGUCUUACAGCAAAAUUCGGAGUGCACUUCAGUGAAUAAAACACGCAGCAAGGCUGAAAAUGUUUUAGUUAUUGGAUGUAAUAAAAAGGUAACAAUCUUUGCCAAAGAGAUGUAGGCAAGUGAGAGGUCUCCAAUUCACCCAUUUGCAUCAGAAGCUGAAAAGGUCAUCUACAACCAUAAAUGUACAAUUGUGUCUCUCUUCUUCCUAAUGAAGUUAUGUGAAGAUCAUCUGAGCAUUUAAACAGUCUGUCUAAAUGUAAUGUAACUAUUGAGUGUUAAUGUGCUCAAGAGCAAGAACAAACAAUUUGACUAGAAUAAUUAAGCAGAAUUAGAUUAGGAAGAAAAGCCUUACUGAGGUGGUGGGAGCAGGAAGUAAUAGUUUGGGAUAUUGGCCAGACGUUGUAGCAGACUGUUGCAUAUAGAGCAUCAUCAUAAAUUUUAAUAUCUAGCAAUAAGUUUUAAUUCUAGAAGUACCAGACUUUUCCGUACCCCUAGUAGUACCACAUGGGUCAUUUUUUACCCACAGUAGGAAACUACCAUUUUAUUGGUUUUUGGAUGGUAUUUUGGGCUUUGCCAUGUUGACAUUACAUUCAAGAAGACUCUAACGUGCAAAAAACUUAUUAUUUAUUCUCUAAAAUAUAUAAUACAUCGUCAAAAGUAACUUUUUAUGAAUAAAUUUUAUUUUUAUUUUAAAUUUUUCAGAAGGAAUUCCACUGUUUUACAUCAAGCUUUGUUAAAACAAAUAAAAGAAUUUUGCAAUGUU